AUGGCUCAGGACGUCUCAGGGUCGAUACCUCAGGCACCCCCGCCCCUGCCGGAUCCCCUCAGGCCGGGUCAGCAGCCCGAAGAGCUGCCUGAAAGUAAGAUCUGUUUGUUGUUGUUGGAACACCUGCCGCAAGGCUUUUUUUGGCGCGCGAACGCCAGCCGGCUGUCGCAACGGUUCAUUAAUAUUGUAUAUUAAGAUUUCGAAUCUGUAUUCUAGGAAAAUUUAAAAUUUGGGGUUUGUGCUAUUGGGGAUGUUUUAAAUAUACAGGUUUAUGCCUUAGGUAAUCAUUUUUAAAUUCAAUUUAAAAUUGGAGUUUGAAUAUUUAAAUUUCAGAUCUGGGCAAAGUGGCGCAGAAAAUCUUGAGCAAACUCACAAAUAUGAUGGGAUUCGGCCGGAAUUGCCUCAACAACGGCAACAAACGGAACGACGGGUCCUGCGAGUGCCGACAAUAUUUCAGUGGGGAACGAUGCGAGAUCAGACAGUGCUUAAACAACGGCACACUGGACUCGAACCAGGACCCAGAGAUGAGUUUGUGCAUGUAAGUUUACUGUGUUUUUAAUGGUCUGGUCAGAAAUUAGAUAGAAACUUCAAAAAGGGAUUGGAACUGCAUUCAUAGAACUUUUAUACAGUUUUUGACUUAAGUUACUAAGGGCUUGGUAAAUGUUAGAUUUUACAUAUUGUUAUAGAUACAGUUGGUCAAUAACAUGUUGUUUAGUUCAAAAAUAGAGUUCUUCUUUAUAAAAAUUGUUGCUCACUAACAUAUACCACACUUUUCAGAUGUCCGAACACUCAGUACAUAACGGGCGAUCACUGUGAAAUAAUCAGCUGUCAGAACGGCGGUCGUGAUAUGGGUAACGGGACGUGUAAGUGCAUCGACGAUUGGUAUUCGGGUCAAUUUUGUGAAGUAAGUUAAUAUUACCACAACGAUAUUACUAUACUGUUUUGUAGUAGAUUACUACUUCAAUGGUGUAAGCAGAUACUUUUCCAUACUUAAUUUGUAAAAAUCCUUUUUAAAAAUGCUUUAACUUAAUGUCACCUUUCAGUUCUACUCAUCCUCCUGGCUAGCCGUCCUAGGCAUCCCGAUGAUAUGCCUAGUCAUCAUCAUUGGAUGUUGUGUAUUCUGUAGAGCCGACUUCUUCUCCAAACCUCAUCACGGUAUGUUAACAUUGCUUGUCCGUAUUUUAACUUUAGAUACAGAAAGACGAAGAAGGAAUCGACGCCAAUCAGUCUCCAGAAGACCCACUCCACAACCCACGAAUCCUGUAGUAGAUACUCGACCUAGAGUACAACAACAACAUCAUCACCGUGAGUACGACAUCCCUCCCCCACCAACCUACAUGGAACCAUCGAACAUCUCCGACCUCUUCAAGACCUUCGAACCCCCUCCAUCGUACGAUCUGGCCAUGGAAUGUAGAGUAAUAUCAUCCUCCAAUCUAUCUAACCAAGCGCCUUCACCCGUCUUAAACAGUAGUGUAUCUAAUGUAGUCAACAGCAAUAUCGCUCCACCUCCUAUACCUGAUAUUCCUAAUCCAAUUGCUUUAAAUACUUUGAAUGAUCUCAGGACCAACAAUCAGGGCACCCCCUAA